AUGACGACCGACAGCAGCGUCACGCCGCCGAAUGAGCACGAAAAGCCCACGGCCGUCGACCUCGAGAAUGUGAACUCGGAGAAGGUCGCGCCCACGGCGACAGUAGACGCUGAGCGCAGUGCACUCUUGGCCACUUUGCCUGAUCCCGAUGCCGGCAAGACUGACGAGGAACGUCGCGAGAUUGACAAGAAGCUGAUGUGGAAGGUCGACCGAUGGCUCAUUCCCUGGCUAUCUCUCCUCUACCUCCUCUCGUUCCUGGAUCGAACCAAUAUCGGCAAUGCGCGUCUCGCAGGCAUGGAAGAUGAUCUCGGCAUGGUACAGGGCGAUUACAACGUGGCCCUCACCAUCUUCUUUGUCAGUUACGCCUUCUUUGAGCCCAUCACCAACGGUCUUUUGAAGCGUCUCACGCCCCGCAUCUUCUUCACCGGAAUCAUCAUUGCCUGGGGCACCGUCAUGACUCUUAUGGGACUCUGCCACAACUUCUCAGGCCUAUUAGCAGCGCGUUUCUUCCUCGGUGUCGCAGAAGCCGGUCUUUACCCGGGUGUCAACUACUAUCUUGGAUGCUGGUACAAGAGUUCCGAGAUCGGUGCCCGCGCCGCCAUCUUCUUCUCCGCCGCCGCCUUGGCUGGCUCCUUUGGUGGUCUACUUGCCGCUGCUAUUGCGAAGAUGGACGGAAUUGGCGGCAGACCUGGUUGGGCAUGGAUCUUUAUCCUUGAAGGUCUUGCUACGGUUAUUGUUGGCGCCUUUUGUUGGUGGAUGGUCUUUGACUGGCCCGACACUGCUCGUUUCCUCACCGAGGAUGAGCGCAUCCGUGUUCAACGACGCCUCAUCAUGGAUCGCCAGGGAAGAACGGCUGAGGACUUUGACAGAAGACACAUUUGGAGUGCGCUGAAGGACUGGAAGACAUACGGAUACGCCGUGAUCUACAUGGGCUGCCUCAUGCCUCUGUAUGCCUUCUCUCUCUUCUUGCCCACUAUCCUGCGCGGUAUGGGCCACGUCGGUACCAAGGCGCAGCUGCUCUCAGUUCCUCCAUAUGCUUGCGCAGCAUUGCUUACUGUCAUUGUCGGCUUCGUAGCUGACCGAACCAAAUGGCGUGGAUACUGUAACAUCGCGACUGUGCUUAUUGGUAUCAUCGGCUUCAUCAUGCUUCUGGUUUCAUCAGAUCCCCAUGUCCAGUACGGUGCUGUGUUCCUCGGUGCGAUGGGCAUCUAUCCCACUGUCUCAAAUACAGUAUCCUGGGUCAACAACAACGUCGAGGGGUCGUUGAAACGUGCCAUUGUACUAGGAUUAGUCGUUGGCUGGGGCAACAUGAACGGUGUGGUAUCUUCCAACAUCUACCGUGAGCCUGACAAGCCCCGCUACUUCACCGGUCACGGCAUGGUGCUGGCAUACCAAGUCAUCUUCCUUCUGGGAGGUUCGAUCUUUAUGCACCUUGCACUCCGUAUGGAGAACCGUCGACGUGCUCGAGGGUCACUUGACGCAAAGUAUGCUGCCAUGACAGAUGAGCAGAAGUGGAUCAGCGGUGAUGUUCGCCCGGAUUUCAGAUAUACUUUGUAG